GGAUGUGCUCUCUCCUCCUGAGCCGGCAGCCAAUCACAGGCUGCAAAGCGUCCCCCGCUGACGCCAGUUCCUCUGUGUGUAGCCGGCAGGCUUGAAGAGAGAUUCUGAGGCAAGCUUUAUUCAUCUCAGGCAGCGCUGCGCCUUUAAAUCAGGACCCAGGACUCGGUGGGAGGCGGCCCCUUAAAAUCAGCACCAAAAGCCCGGUGGACGGAGGCCCGUUGGUGCUGCACGAUGCCCUUUGACUUUAGGAGGUUUGAUAUCUACCGGAAGGUUCCCAAAGAUUUAACGCAACCUACUUACACUGGAGCCAUAGUUUCCAUUUGCUGCUGCUUAUUCAUCACCUUCCUUUUCUUGUCUGAACUCACCGGAUUUAUUGCCAAUGAGAUUGUUAAUGAGCUCUACGUCGAUGACCCUGACAAAGACAGUGGCGGUAAAAUCGAAGUGGGCCUAAAUGUCAGCUUGCCCAAUCUGAACUGUGAAGUGGUGGGGCUGGAUAUUCAGGAUGAAAUGGGAAGACACGAAGUUGGUCACAUUGAUAAUUCUAUGAAAAUUCCUCUCAACAAUGGCAAUGGCUGUCGGUUUGAAGGACGCUUCACUAUAAACAAGGUCCCUGGAAAUUUCCACGUAUCUACACACAGUGCCACAGCGCAGCCACAGAAUCCAGACAUGAGCCACUUUAUUCAUAAGCUGUCUUUUGGUGACGUCUUACAGGUUGAGAACAUACACGGGGCUUUCAAUGCCUUGGGAGGAGCCGAUAAAUUGGCUUCAAAUGGGCUGGCGUCCCAUGAUUAUAUCCUAAAGAUAGUGCCAACAGUAUAUGAAGAUCUCAAAGGCAAGCAGAGGUUUUCAUAUCAAUACACAGUAGCUAGUAAGGAAUACGUUGCAUACAGCCACACGGGCCGAAUUAUCCCUGCCAUCUGGUUCCGUUAUGAUCUAAGCCCAAUCACAGUGAAAUACACAGAGAGGCGGCAGCCGAUGUAUAGGUUUAUAACUACGGUAUGUGCCAUCAUCGGAGGAACGUUUACUGUAGCUGGUAUCAUAGACUCCUGCAUUUUCACUGCUUCUGAAGCCUGGAAGAAGAUCCAGCUUGGAAAAAUCCAAUAGGGACUACGCAUCACUUUCCAGAGGGAAGAAGUGGAAGGACACCAAAUAACGUUUAUUUUAAUAUUUUUAAACGGUGUAAAAAUGCAAAAAUGUCUAGCUAAAUGUAGCUAGCUGUUCACAUUUUUCUAGAUGAAGUAAAUCGAGCUCAACAAGAAACCAAUAUAUCUUCCAGUUAUUGUAUUUGUAUGUAGCACACGCUGCGGUGUCCAGUUUUACCCUGCAGAGUUUGUCAGUUCAGGUUAUACGGUACAAUGAUUAAAUGUUAUGGGUUAUUAUAUUGUGCCUUUCAACCCAUAUCCUGAAGGAA